UGUCAUAAUUGUUUGUUCAUUGUUACUUUAACAUGUAUUGUGAUGUAAUAAUGUUGUCGUGUCCUCCAGAUUAAGGUUAAAUAAUUAGAAUGUCUGAUCACGAUUUAGACGUCGAUAAUUUGAUAUCGAGAUUAUUGGAAGUGCGUGGUGGGCGACCGGGACGUACGGUACAAAUGACUGAAUCAGAAGUGAGAGCACUUUGCAUCAAAUCGCGAGAGAUUUUCCUCAGCCAACCAAUAUUGCUGGAACUUGAGGCUCCCCUGAAAAUAUGCGGGGACAUUCACGGGCAAUACACAGACUUGUUACGAUUGUUUGAGUAUGGGGAUUUCCCCCCGGAGUCGAAUUAUCUUUUCAUGGGUGAUUACGUCGAUCGAGGGAAACAAUCAUUGGAAUGCAUAUGUUUAUUACUGGCUUAUAAAAUCAAAUAUCCCGAGAACUUCUUCCUUCUGCGUGGAAACCACGAGUGCGCGAGCAUCAACAGAAUAUAUGGCUUCCACGAUGAAUGUAAACGACGUUUUAACAUCAAGUUAUGGAAAACAUUCACCGAUUGUUUCAAUUGUCUUCCUAUCGCUGCGAUAAUUGAUGAGAAGAUAUUCUGCUGUCAUGGAGGUCUAUCUCCUGACUUACAAAGUAUGGACCAGAUCCGCAAGAUAAUGCGACCCACUGAUGUUCCAGAUACUGGAUUGUUGUGCGACCUCUUGUGGGCGGACCCAGACAAGGAUAUCAACGGUUGGGGGGAGAAUGACCGGGGAGUCUCGUUCACCUUCGGACCCGAUGUCGUCAGUAAAUUCCUUAAUCGACACGACCUGGACCUCAUAUGUCGUGCCCACCAGGUCGUGGAGGACGGAUACGAAUUCUUCGCAAAACGUCAACUCGUCACUUUAUUCUCGGCCCCCAAUUAUUGCGGGGAGUUCGACAACGCAGGUGGGAUGAUGAGCGUGGACGAGUCGCUCAUGUGUUCGUUCCAGAUAUUGAAACCCUCCGAGAAGAAAGCGAAAUAUCAAUAUGGAGGUUUAAGUUCAAGCCGACCGACCACCCCACCUCGAAACAACAUCGGGGUGAAAGCUAAAUAAGUGACUCGGCAUAAAUAUUGAUGACUUAACACGUUUCACAGCGGAAAUGGUUUUUCGCGAAAAAUUUUAAUAUUUUUCUCACAAAAUAUAUUUGUUUAUAUUUUAAUUACCGAUGUUACAUCGGUUUGCACGCGCUCGCAAUUUAUCGUCAAGCAGUAAUCGGGUUUCAAUAAAAUAUGUUUGUGUACCUCA